AAGACCCGUAUUGUUGUUUGGAGCCCGAUCCAUGAAGUUACGUACUUCUUCUACUCUUUCUACCAACGUGAUCUGACCGUUGAGAUGACUAUGGUUGCAACUGGAAGGAAGUUACUUUCCUUUACUUCAACCCCUUUUCUCAAUCUCAAUCCUCUUCCUCAUUUCUCUCUUUUCUCUACUUCUUAUUCUUCUUUUUCCGAGGAUGGUUUUGUAGAUUUCAGUGAUAAAUUUAAAAAGUGGGAAAAUGGGGGCGGCACUUUUCAUGAAUCGGCUUGCAUUGAUUCCACAGCGUUCCUAGAUGUUGGUGCUAUCGUUCAUUCAGAAUCUGUUGUUGCUUCCAAUGUUCGUAUUGCUUCUGGAACUGUUGUUGGUCCUUCUGUUUCUAUUGCUCAUUCAACCAAAAUUGGGUAUAACGUCUCACUUAAUAAUUGCAGUAUAGGCGAUUCAUGUGUAAUUCACAGUGGAGUCUGCAUUGGUCAAGAUGGGUUUGGAUUUUAUGUGGAUGGUGAUGGUAAUAUGAUAAAAAAGCCUCAGAAGUUGAAUGUAAUAAUAGGCAACAAUGUGGAAAUUGGUGCAAAUACAUGCAUUGACAGGGGCAGCUGGAGAGAUACCGUUAUUGGGGACAACUCGAAGAUAGAUAAUUUAGUUCAGAUUGGCCACAAUGUAGUUAUUGGGAAGAAUUGUAUGCUCUGUGGACAAGUUGGGAUUGCAGGUUCAGCAACCAUAGGAGAUUAUGUGACUAUGGGAGGAAGGGUAGCAGUGCGAGAUCAUGUAUCAAUUACAUCAAAGGUUCGACUUGCCGCCUUAAGUUGUGUAACCAAGAACAUCACGGAACCUGGGGACUACGGUGGCUUUCCGGCUGUUUCUAUUUACAAAUGGCGGAGACAAGUUGCAAGCAGUUUUGUUGUUAGAUGAGUUUGAGUACUUGCCUCGCAAAAUCAAUAUGUAGGGAGCACAGUUCUUAGUUAUGGAAGAAAUUUACUCAAACAACAUAAAUCCAAAACCUAAUCAUCUUGUAUCUCAGUAUUUUAGGUGCAGAUUUGUAGGAUCCGUCAGAUACUAAGCUUAUUCUAGUGGAAGUAAGGGUCUCUCGCAUGUCGGCAAGCAGGAAGCAUUCCUUGGUACAGGAGUGCACGCGACACAAAUAAUAUUGUUUUCUAGGUGUUGGAAGGAAAGAAAAACAAUCAAUGUGCUUUCUACGGUGAUAAGGUACUAAAGUCAUGGAACAUUUCUAAUAUUUGCCAAAUGAAAUUUGCUUUCCGUGCCACUCAAGUUUUCUAAUGCUUUUCCAAAUUUGAAUUUAGUCACUAACACUUUCUUUGAGUAUGACAAGGCUCAAAUUUUGGAUUGUUACAUAGCAGUCGUUGCCCAAUUGUGAU